AUGCCACCAACAAAGCUCCCUCAAUCUACAGGGCUCACAAUCACUAAUCCCCUCAUAUUAUAUCGUGCUCUAUUAGCUACGAAAGUCAUUGACCCCGAUCCAGCUCAACAUCGCAUAGCUUUACAUCUACAAAAGUUAUAUCUACGAUUGAAGGAUUAUAAGCCUCAAUCCGAAUAUGGAGCUCGACUCAAAGCAAUUAGUCAGGCAAUUAAUGAUGGCCAAAAUGAAGAAGAUGGACGAACGGUAGCAGUACCUGGUCAUCCUUUGAGGAACAAUCCACUGUUUGCCCAUCUUUUCAAAAGAAAAGAACGUCGAGAUACACUUGCAAUGACAAGAGUCCUUACAAGCCAUGAAUCAGCAAUGAAGAUGGAUUCCCCUCAAGGUAUAUUGCUUCAUGGUGAGGUUGGGACUGGAAAGUCAAUGCUAUUGGAUAUGCUAGCAGAUAGUCUACCGAACAGCAAGAAAAGAAGAUGGCAUUUCAAUACUUUCAUGUUGGAGACGUUUGCACGAUUAGAGCAAUUAAGACAAUCUCGCUCCAACCAUGGAGAUCUAGGCUCAGAGGACUACUCAUUACUUUGGCUAGCAAAAGAUAUGAUUGAAAAGUCACCGAUCCUUUUCUUGGACGAGUUCCAGCUGCCAGACCGAGCUGCAAGUAAAAUCUUGAGCAACCUUCUGACACCAUUCUUUCAAUUGGGUGGUGUACUAAUCGCAUCUUCAAAUCGUAUGCCAGAAGAACUUGAGAAGGCUAGUGGUAUGGAUUAUGCCGUUUCAGGAAAAGGUGGCCUUGUGAAGAAUUGGCUGGGCUUAGCUAAACCCCAGAAGCUCGACAUGUUCUCUGGUCGGAAUGAGUUUUCUAGUUUUGUUGGAGUUCUGAAAGCCAGGUGUGAGAUCUGGGAUAUGGGGAAGGGUGGUAGAGAUUGGAGGCGAAGAGAAAUCGAGGAUGUUGAUGAUGAAACGACGAAAAUGUCUGAAAUCAUGCGGGAGGAAAUGAUAGAAGGGUUUAUUGGGCUUGAAAAACUUUCAUCUGCCAAUGUUGGACUAAGAUAUGACCAAAGUGUUCAUGCAGAGAACGAUGGCAAGACAAAUGAGAAAAUUGCCAAGGUCAAUACUCCUAAGAAGUACCUUCUCACUUCAGACAGUGAUGAUGCUUGGGAGAAUCUAGUAAAAUCAACUUUUCCAUCAUCUCCAGAACCAAUCCCAUGGCAAUCAACCACCCUCCUCGUCUAUGGUCGUACAGUACCCGUUCCCCGGCAUCUCAAUGGUAUUACCUACUGGGACUUCCCCACUCUUUGCGGAGGUGCUUUCGGUCCUGCAGACUAUAUUACCAUGGCUUCCACCUUCCACACAUUGAUUCUUGAUUCCAUUCCUAUCCUGACCCUGCUUCAAAAAAACGAAGCCAGACGUCUCAUCACUCUCCUCGACGCUCUCUACGAAGCUCGUUGUAAACUCAUCAUCCGCGCUGCUGUCGGCCCAGACACCCUUUUCUUUCCGGAAACUACACUACCUUCCUCCUCAGACUCGGAAUCCGAAAACCCCCAAGAUGCCGUAUACCCCGAAACGCUCUCUGAAAUCUAUCAAGAUCAGACUUCUCCUUUCCGUCCGAAUAUUUCUACCUAUAUCGAUACCUCCGGUACUAAAACUGGAUAUGACCCAGAUGAAGAUGCAGAUUUCGGUCCGGUUCCUGGGGCAGGUAAUGAGAUUGGAAGGCAGAAAGGAGUGGAUUUCGGCAGGACGGAAAGCUUCACUGAUUGUGGGAAAUGUGUGGCGGGAGGUGGCAUGCAAGAGGAGGAGACGAGAACGGGGAAGGAUGGUGGAGACCGUUGA